AUGUUGAAGCCAACGGUUGGAGUCACUUUGAAAUGCCGUGUCGAGAAAGGAUUUAACCAGAGAAAUAUUUUCAAUCUAAAACGUAUCAUUGUAACUAAUGCUAAAUGGGUCUCAUUCGAUGAUCUUCUGAAUAUGGAUUGUGAGAGAGCAUUCUUCAAAAAACAUUCGUUCACAGAGGAAGACGUCAAAAAGUUUAUAAACCACUGGAUGACUGGGAGUAAUCCAAAACUGAUGCAUCUCAGGCUGAACUGUUUUAAAUUGGAGCCAAAUUGGGAGCACAUUCUGGAAGGGAUAGAAUAUGGAGUAUGGGAUGAGCAAGAAAAAAAGAAGAGACCGAGGAAUUUCAAAGACCAUUACAUCUACAGUAUUGAAGAAAUCGACUGCAAGAAUGGUCUGGAUUUCGAGAGAAAGAGUGAUGGAAUGAUUGGGACAGUCAUGCAUCAAUCUGACUGGAUUGAUUUCUUCGUGUGGCACGAUAUGCAAUUCUGA